UUUUGGAUCUAUUAAACGAAUUGGGCGAUCAACUUUCGAGCUGUCCAGCAAAAGCAAGAGGGCUGUGUCGCACUGUCAGUGCGACGGUGUGGGAGGCGAUAUCAUCAUUGGGCGGUGCUGCCACUCUUGGUGCUGUACAAAGAGGGUCUUGUGACGGAUGUAGUUCUUCCGAAAUGGGAACUGUCAAGUCGAGGGACAUAUCGUCUGCCGACAAUUCCAUAGAUGAAACAAAUGUAGCUGCGUGCAGCUCAAGUUUGAAACAGGAUCAAAAUCAAAGAAGAGGUUUUUGCGGCAAUGGAGGCUAUUUGCAAAAAAAUGAUCUGUGCUACGACAUUGGGAACAAUUCCCACUACCAGCCGGUACGUCAGCCCAGCAUACGAAGUCGAAGUCAACAGCCAAUGCCAACGACGGAGGAGUUGGAAAGAAAAUUUACAAAAGUGUUGGCGUCUAUGGAUUUACCCCCCGAUAAAGCAAAGCUCCUGAAGAAUUACGACGAUGAAAGAAAGUGGGAUAUAAUUUGCGAUCAGGAAAUGGUUCAGGCAAAGGAUCCGCCUUCUCACUAUCUCAAUAAGCUACGAACAUAUUUGGAUCCAAAAGCUUCACGAAGUCAUAGGCUUUACUUAAUUUAUUUUUUCUGUCAGAAACGAAAAAUGGUUGGCGAAUCCACAUCUACACAGGUAUUACGCGAUUUAGAAAUUUCCUUGCGCACUAAUCAUAUCGAGUGGGUAAAGGAAUUUCUUGAUGAUACGAACAAAGGGCUCGAUGCUCUUGUCGACUACCUCAGCUUUCGCCUACAAAUGAUGCGCCAGGAACAGAGGGCCCAAGGUUCUUUUAGUGAGUCGGAUGAACUUUUGAUAUUAAAUAACAGUGGUAUGGGUAACAAUGGUACGGAGGCAAUGGGAGUUAUGUCGUUAAGUGGUGCAAGCACUACUUCCAAUAUUGGAGGUAUUAGUAGUGUCAAUCUUCUGGAAUCAUCAAGAUACCAAAAUUCAAAUUCAUCGGCGUUCAAUGUAAUCACAAACAGCAUUUUGCGACCCUCGCUAUUAGACGCCCUUGACAGCCCCAGCAUUAAAAGACGCUCACGUCACAUUGCUAAAUUGAAUAUGGGCGCAUCGACAGAUGACAUUCACGUCUGCAUAAUGUGUUUACGUGCAAUCAUGAAUAAUAAAUACGGUUUUAAUAUGGUAAUACAACAUCGUGAAGCAAUCAACUGCAUAGCGCUUAGUUUGAUACACAAAUCGCUGCGCACAAAAGCUUUGGUGUUGGAACUACUAGCUGCAAUUUGUUUGGUUAAGGGUGGGCACGAGAUUAUAUUGUCAUCCUUUGAUAAUUUUAAGAACGUCUGCAACGAAACACAUCGAUUUCAAACACUCAUGGAGUACUUCAUGAACUACGACGUUUUUAAUAUUGACUUUAUGGUAGCUUGUAUGCAAUUUAUGAAUAUAGUAGUUCAUUCGGUGGAAGAUAUGAACUAUCGCGUGCACCUGCAAUACGAAUUCACUGCUUUGGGUCUAGAUAAAUACCUUGAAAAGCUUCGACUAACAGAGUCUGAAGAGCUGAAAGUUCAGAUAUCCGCCUAUCUGGAUAAUGUGUUUGACGUUGCUGCGUUAAUGGAAGAUUCCGAAACUAAAACUGCCGCCCUUGAAAGAGUUCAGGAACUAGAAGAUCAAAUAGAAAGAGAAAUUGAUAGAAACUCAGAAUUAUUAUAUAAAUUGGCAGAGAUGGACACGGAGGUUAGAUUUCUGAAAGCCGAGAGAGAGGACUUGCUGACGACCAAACUCAAAGUUGACGAGGAGGUGACAACCUUACGACGGAUAUUAAAACAAAACGAACAGGAAUUGAAAAAACGAGAAUCUCUUCUGCAAAGCAAGAACCUUGAGCUUCAAACAUUAACACGUUCUUUACCCCGGUCUAGUUCGAACGGAACCAGCUUAUCUGAUAAUGAUGCAUCCAUGAAAGAACCGUCCGUCGAAUGUCCGUCUCCGCCGCUCCCCCCUCCUCCCCCACCACAAGAACAAGUGUCGGCGUGCUUGUCGCCACCACCUCCUCCGCCCCCGUUGCCUCCAGCACCACCACCCCCACCUUCACUGGGGGCAAGCUUGUCUUUAAAUGUGUCUCCACCACUGCCAGUAACUAACGAAAGUGCCUUGACACCACUACAACAAAACCCAGCUCCGAUAUUGUUCCAACCUCCCCCACCCCCUGUAGCAGGGUUUAUGCCAGCUCCAGAUGGUGCCAUGACAAUAAAGAGAAAAGUACCAACUAAAUAUAAGCUGCCCACAUUGAACUGGAUUGCUCUCAAACCGAAUCAGGUACGCGGUACGAUCUUCAACGAACUGGACGAUGAAAAAAUUUACAAGUUUAUUGAUUUUAAUGAAUUCGAAGAACGUUUUAAAAUUGGUGUGGGCGGCGGUUUAUCGUCAGGCAACAAUUCGGAAGUUGAUGGCUCUCUGCAGUCGUAUCCCAGCAAGAGGUUCAAAAAACCCGACAAUAUAUCUUUGCUGGAACAUACGAGAUUAAGAAACAUUGCAAUUUCGCGUCGAAAACUUGACAUGCCAAUAGAUGAAGUAAUUUCAGCAAUACACAGCUUAGAUUUAAAGAAAUUGUCGCUAGAAAAUGUAGAGCUGCUGCAAAAAAUGAUUCCAACAGAUGUGGAAGUGAAAGCCUACAAGGAGUACAUCAUCGAGAGAAAGGACCAAAACCUUUUAACGGAUGAAGACAAAUUUAUGCUGCAACUGUCUAAGGUGGAACGAAUCUCAUCCAAGUUGUCUAUAAUGAACUACAUGGGAAACUUCUUCGACUGUUUGCAUUUAAUAUGUCCUCAAAUUCAAUCCAUAACAUCGGCAUCUACUUCGCUCAAGCAAUCUCGAAAAUUCAAGGCAGUACUCGAAAUAGUUUUAGCUUUUGGUAACUAUUUGAAUAGCAGUAAGAGGGGACCGGCUUAUGGGUUCAAGUUGCAGUCGUUGGAUACUUUAAUUGACACGAAAUCAACCGACAAGCGUUCGUCCCUGCUCCAUUACAUUGUUGCGACCAUAAGACAAAAAUUCCCCGAAUUACUCAAUUUCGAAACGGAAUUGUACUGUACCGAUAAAGCGGCACAGGUUUCUCUGGAGAAUAUUGUCACCGAUGUUCACGAUUUGGAGAAAGGCAUGGAAUUGGUAAAGAAAGAAGCCGACCUUCGGGUGAAAGGGACUCAAACGCACAUUUUACGAGAUUUUCUCAAUAACUCCGAAGAUAAGUUGAAAAAAAUUAAAGUGGAACUGAAAAAUGCCCAAGAAGCGUUCAAAGAGUGUGUUGAGUAUUUUGGAGAAUCUUCCCGUAACGCGGACGCAGCUGCUUUCUUUUCUCUAAUAGUUAGAUUUACCCGGGCAUUUAAGGCCUAUGAUCAAGAAAAUGAACAGAGAAGAAGACUGGAACAGGCAGCAGCAGCUGCAGCAUCUAAAAAGGAGAGCGAGCAGGUCCAAUUACGGAACAAAUGCAACCAGAAAAAACAACAGCUUCCUGCUGGGAUAUGUUUACAGGAUGCGGUAAUAAACGAACUGAAAUGUAAAGCUAUUUCGGUGCGAGAGAAAAAACUUUUACUUCAGGACGAAGUUUACAAUGGAGCACUGGAAGACAUCUUACUUGGCUUGAAAAGCGAGCCAUAUCGUCGAGCAGAUGCAGUUCGUCGCAGCCAGCGCCGGCGUAUUGAUAAUAACCGCCUUUCACGCACUCUUGAAGAGCUUGACGUCUAAA